CCAUAUCCAGUCCUCCCACUUGCCCAAGAACGCACAUUUUCCAAAUACAAAACCGGUAGGCCCAUCUUCCUUUUCUUCUGGUGCUUCUUCUCCCUCUUGCUCUUCUUCUUCUCCCCCCAAGUCGAUAAAAAUACUUACCCUUCCACAAUCUCCAGCCACCGCAUCCACAAUGAAGCUCCCCCUCACUAUCAUCAGCAUGCUCGCCCUCAGCUCCGCGCUGACCCUCACUCCGCGCGACACGGAAGGCGACCCCGUCGUCGAGUGCGGCGAUCUAGACGUCAUGACCGUCGACCCCGCCGACCUCCCCGCGGGCGUCGCCCCCAGCGACGUCCGCGAAUGCCUGGACCACCCGCUCGGCCGGAACCGGCACGUCAAGGGCGCAUCGCUGGCGCCGCUCGACGCGGUGGAUGUCUCGUUCUGGAACAACAGCACAGUGGACACUGUCACGAGCACCGGCACCAGUCCCGUGGAGGCGCGUUCGGACGGCCUCGACGCCCUAGACAAGCGGUCGUGCUACAAGGACGCGCCGUACGGUUGCUCGGGCGGGUAUUGCUGGAAGGCCUGCGGAAACACGAACAAGGGAGAGUGGUGCUGGACGGCGGCAAAGGCCGGGCUGGGCGCCUGGAUCAAGUGCAGCAAGUGGCAGGACUGCGGGACGGCGACGUACGCGUGUGGGAGGGGAGGGUGUCCGGCUUGUGGGUGCGGUUGCUAGUGGGAAGGGUGGAUGGAUGCAUGGUCGAUGCGCUAUGAGGAGUAGUGUGGGCGUUGAGGUAGAUAGUUAGGGUCAAUGUUUGGCUGAUGGGCGGUGGAUAAGACGCG